GCAAGUGCCAACAAUGUCAGUGCUGUCUCCUCAUUAACAGUAAUGUCCUUUAUGAGAAUGACUCCAGUCUGGAUUCUUAUUUUAUCUCUUUGCAAAACACCUCUGGCUCAAGCUGUGGGGUUUUACCAAACAUCGUUUGUCUCAGUGAAAUCCGGACAAGCUCUUACACUUAACUGCACAUUUCCACAUGACUCUCGUAUUAAUCUUGUAAUUUGGUACAAACAAAGAUCAGGAGAGAUACCUCAGGAGGUUGGAAAAAUGUUAGAAAAGAGAGAUGCUGAAAUUUCACCUGAAUUUCUCAGUUCAGGAUUAAAAUUGGAAGGUAUCUUGAAUGGCAUUUCUCUGACAAUUCCACAUAUAAAAGCUGAAGAUGAAGGAAUGCACUUCUGUGCAAUGUCUACCUGGAAUACAGUCACAUUUUCCACUGGAACAUUUUUAGCUGUGACAGAUCAUGCAGAAUUAAAUAUAUCAGUGGUCCAAAGUCCAGUGUUGGGGAGGGUUCCCCCAGGAGAGUCAGUGUCUCUCCAGUGCACCGUCCUCUCUGAGAGGAGAACAGCAGACCUCCGAGUGCUCUGGUUCAGAGCUGCUGCAGGAGACUCCCAUCCUGAAAUCAUUUACACUCAUCACAACAGCAGCCGUCAGUGUGAGAUCAGCUCUUCUCCACACAGCUGUGUGUACAACCUCUCCAAGAGUGUCCUCAGCCUCUCUGAUACUGGCACUUACUACUGCGCUGUGGCCACCUGUGGCAAGAUCCUUCUUGGAAAUGGGUCGACAGUGAGUCUGACAAAGCCUGUGGAUCCAGUAAUGAUCUUCCUGGGAGCAGCUCUGGGAGUGUGUGUGCUUGUCAUUUCUGCUCAAGCAGUUUUAAUCUGCAAAAGGAGAAACUGUGAACACUGUAGUGUGAGAAUUAAGCAAGCUGCUAUAAUAAGGAAAAAGGUGAGAGAGGACCCUCAAUCCUCAGAGCUGAAUUAUGCUGCAUUACAUUUCAAUGAGAGGAAAACCACAAGAGGCAGAGAAAAAAGAGGACAGCCUGAAGACUGUGUGUACUCCACUGUUACUGACCAAUGAACUAAUAGCUCUCUACUAGCUGUACCUUAAGUAAACAUAAUUUGGAAACCUUCAAUACUAUGUACAUCAUUACUGGGACAUUCUGUACUGGAGACUGACUGUUAUAUGAAGCUUAUCUCUGAAGGAGUGCAGCAAGAGUACAGUUUAAGACCCUGUACCUUGUGCAGAAGUUAGAGGGAAGUGGGUGGUAGGCUUUUAUAAUCUAAUAGAAACAGACGUAACAAGAGUACACGCCUGGAGACAUUUAAUGAUGUGUUGUAAGUUCACUGCAAAAAUGUCUCCCACAGACAAGGUGAGGUCCACAGGCUUUCCUCUAAACUUGCCUAAAAUUCCCUCCUGUCACUGUAUGUAGUUGUGCUGAAGAGGCUGAGCAGGAUGCGGGGACGAAUUCGUCGAACAAACACAUACGUUUAUACAAGCAUAGCAUGCAGGCUAUUGGGUUCAAACAUCGACCCACAAAGACUCAAACACAAGACCUAUAUGCACACAUGCUAAAGUUCUGCUGGAGGUGUGACAGAGCUACAAAAAACAAACAAGCAGCUGAAACAAAUGUCAGUCUAUCUGACUGUUUCAGUCAACAUCCCUAUUUUGAGCACUUCUUUUAUGAGGUGUUGGUUUAGUUUACAAAUUUAAAACUCAGUUUGUCCCCACCCAAAUAUGUUUAUGUUCCCACCUACAUUUAAGCAAAUUUCUCUCACAGUUUUCUCCCAGUGUCUGAUUUCAUUACAAGAUAACAUCUGGCUACAAAAGGCAAUUGUUUGGCUUUCUGAUCAUUAAAUCAUUUUUUCGAUAAACAGAUGUAUCAUUCAUUUCAAAAUGAAUGAGAAGUUUUUAUCACUGAGUGGUCACCUAAGUCUCUAAGGGAACAAAGUUUUGAUGUAAAAGUUUGCAGUAUUUGCUAUGUUACUAUAUAGCAAAAAUUUGAGAAGUUUACUAUAUAGAGAAGUUUUGAACAGAAUACAACUCUUUAUUUAUGAGAGUGCUUGGCUUUUUACCAUUUUGGAAUUGCAUUAAUUUUGUAGACACUCAUCCAUUCUUGUACAGUCUAAAUAUUUGGACCAAUGGCUAAAGUGAUUUUUCAGAGACAUGGUUUUAGUCAGUGGUGUGCUUCUGGCUAUAUUUGCUGAGCACCUAGCACUGUAAAUGUGUAACCUUGACUUUAUCCUACAUGCUCCUGUCUUUAUCAUACAUGCUUGUGUAGUCUUCCUGCUGUUUUAAACUUGCUGACUCCAUUAACAAACAAACUACAAGAUUCAUAUUUCCAGUUGAUGAUGUACAUGUAAAGUGCCACAGAAUAUAUCCAUCCUGAGAAAAACUUGAAAGCUUGAAAUGGCCACAAAGAUUUUACUUGCCAAGAUAAAGUGAUUCACAGUGUGACUAUUUAAGAAUGGUAAACAUCCAUAAAUACAAAGUUAAGCUCGGGAAACAGUUGAUAUUUCUGUAUGGCAUCUUUAAACCAGACAAUUUCUCAAGUGACAUGAAAACAGAUUUUUUUCAGUUUCUACAAUAUUUAUAGAUUUCUUAAGUCAAUCAUGUGUUAUUUUAUUUAUUAUAUGUGUAUUUUUCU